AUGUUAUCAAAAAUCCGAACUAUUCCUUGUCCAUCAGAGCUUAAAGGUCUCUAUCAGUGUUCCGCGGACGGCUCCCCAUCAGUGGACCCGGCGCGACGUCUCCAUGCGUCAACACAGAUCGAUCCGACUGGGGCAGCAUACUUGGUGAGUCUUGCUGAUAUAAGGUCCCCCCAUAGUGUAUUUACCUUUCAUAGAUUCUUGCACGUAGGUGGGAGUCACUUAGAAGGGGUCGAGCAGGGUAUUGUAGAUCCUCGAACAUUGCGUAAUAUCAUUAUUGACGAGCAGAAUAAUGCUAGCGGCAUUCUAGACUGGGAAUUCGCGGGAUGGUAUCCUGAGUACUGGGAGUAUGUGCAAGUCAUGCGUCCGGUAUUCUGA